ACUCGAAAAACUAUAAUUUAAUUUUAGAGAAUUAUGAAUUUUAAUGUUGGAAAUGUGGAAACUGUCCGAAGUAUGUGACACUGCAGCAGGGUAAACAAUGAGGUUUCUGCUCAUCUAUACAAACCCAUAACAAACAAGAUACAAGAUGAUGCUAAUUUUGCUGUUAUCGUGUAUCUGGAUCGGUGCUGAUGGUACCUUAUCUUUGCUAGGCAACUCAUACAUUUUUACUGAUCAAACUUACAUAACAGACCCUCAGGCUGGUGAACGCAACAGGGGAGUGUACGCUAAACAGUAUGGACCGUUUGGGGAUGACCUAGUCCUAGCUCUUGGCAACAGAGAUCUUCACCUUAUUCGUGGACAUUCUCAUGAGCCUCAUAGCUCCCAUAGAGUAAAACGAUACCAGUCAGUCAACGAAUAUAGUGCAAAACCACCAAAAUUCGGAUCUUCCAUCAGUAUAAACAAUAAGGUUUCAAUUCGCAAUGAGUGGUACAGAAAGGUUCAAAUACCAGAAAAGAGAAGUUCAAAACAUUCAGGUUUCCGUGAAAGAACACAAAAACAAUCUCGAAACGCCAAAUCCUCCUAUAGAAGACUGAAAACGAUGGGAUCACACAGAAAUAGGAAGUUUUAUCUUGUAAAUAGUUUUCAAAGGCCCUCUAAAACUAUGAGAUAGUCUAAAAUCUAAAUAUUCGAAUUUCAUUUUGAUUCUUGAUGCAUGCAUGCUUUAAAACAGUGUUUUUAAAAACUCCAUACAUACUUGGUUUUCAGUUUUAUAAAACCACCAUAACAUAACUUUUUUAACUAUGUUUUUAAUUUGUAUUUGUUUAAAAAAAGUUUAUUUUGUUUUUAAAGGGACAUAAAGGAAA